AAGGACCACCACCGAAGAAGACAAAUGCGGAUAUUAGCGUCUCUAAAUUAACGCGAGGUCGACAAGGCGAAGUCGAGUGGAGAAAAAUAAAACAUCAAAAUGUUGAAAGAGUUGGUAAGGGAGCGACUAAUUGCGGUCGCAGACGAAAUAUUCGGUCUUUUUGAAAAAACGAUAGCCUCCUACGAAGAGGAACUUCGUCAAAAAAGAGAGGAGAACGAGCGACAACGACAACAACUGGAAGCUGUUUCCAAAACACCAACGUUGUUUUUCAUCCAAGGCGUCCAGCCGCUGAUUGGUUACCAAGUACCACAACUUCCCCCUCAGCUGCAGGGCGUCGCCUCCGGUUUGGAGCAUCCGCAGCCCCCACGCGUCAAAGAGGAAGAGGUAGAGGCCGAUGUCACCGCCGUCCCCGUGAAGUGCGAAGACGAACCGCCCAAGUCGCCAAAGCUUCCUCACAGCAGCGACCCACCGCAACACAUGACGACAAAGACCAAUGAAGACCACCGUGGGGCACAACAAGCAGACCACCGCUUAGCUCCGAUGGCCAACAGUAACGACACCAAAGAACCGUCAAGGAGCAGUACGGACUCUGAAGGAAGAUUGGAGGCAGACACGGGGGACAUGAACGUACUGCAGGAUGGCAAGAAAGAGCUGAAAAGGACAAACAUAGACAAGUGGGCCAAUGUCCAAAAAAUGAGAUGGAAGAUGAGUGAAGAGUACAUGAGGAUGAAAAACCAUGAGCACGCUUUGAGGUUGGCUCGGAAAAUGGGAAUGCCGUGCCAGUCGCCCUUUUGCCAGAACUCGUCCAAGCUGCUGUGCAGACUGGUGGUACAGUCGCGCCGCGAGGAGAUCUACCGGCACUUCUGGAACGAGCUGGACUGGAGCGGGAAGGGGAACUUCGUCAAGUCGCUGGUCGAGAUCAGCAGUGUCAAGCGACCCAAGAUGAGCGACCAAGUGGCUCAGUCUCGCCGCGGCGUCUCCAUUUCUUGCCACCUUGUCGUGGACGGUCGACGGGUGCGUGUGUGCCAGCGCAUGUUCCUGUCUACGCUCGGUAUCUCACAGUGGUUCCUCUUGAAGUGGGCCGGCCGAAAAGGAAAAGGAAGACGGGUUUUCUGUCCCAAUACGACUGUGACGACAGCGAAAAGCAUCACCAAAGAAGAUCGAAGCUUCCUCAGGUUCUUCCUACAGAAUCUCCCGCAGGUUCCGUCGCACUAUGGUGGACCGUCUUCAUCCAAGGUGUACCUGGAGCCCAUUUUCAAGUCGGCCAUCCACCUCUACAACUUCUACAUGCUCUCCUGCCGGGAACGCGGUGUUCUGCCCUUAUCCAAACGGGUGCUGAAUAAAACUUUGAAGGAUCUCAACCUGACUUUGUUCCGUGCCAAGAGGGAGCAGUGCUCCACCUGCAGCAAGACCAAAGAUGUGGACACAUCAGUGUGGGAGGAGCACCGACGUAAAAAAGACUCCACCUUGCUCGCAAUGCAGCAGGACCAAGAACGAGCUGGCCGGGAGAUCCUAGUAGCUUGCAUGGACCUCCAGGGGCUCCUUCUCGCUCCCAAGCUCAAACCAUCUGCUCUGCACUACACCAAGACCAAGCUAUGCGUGCAUAACUUCACCCUCUUCAAAAUGGCUUCACAGGAAACCACCAACUACCUGUGGCACGAGGGCGAAGCCGGCAUUUCUCAGGACGAGUUAGCCUCGUGCGUGGUGGACUUCCUCCUAACCAACACCGCCAACCAGGAGUACAUCCUUUGGAGCAACGCCGACCAGUAUAGGAACCUGGUCCUGAGCAACGCCCUGCUCAAGUUCGCCACAGACUCGCACAAGCCCGUCACGCAGAAGUUCCUGGAGCGAGGCCAUACCCGGACCGAGUGUGACGCAGUGCACACCGCCGUUAGGAGGCGACUGAAGAAGCGCGACAUCCACGUUCCGUUGGAGUAUGCGGCUGUCAUCGGAGGACCCGGUACCAGAGCGUGCCCGGUGAAAUACGUAGACCAUCAUUUCUUCACAGACUUCCGCCAACUAAGCCUCUGUGUCUCCAUCCAACCCAGCGGAGAUGCAUCAGUGGAGGAUGUGCGAGCAAUUAGAUACAACACAGAUGGCACGAUGGCUUACAAACUAGAUCACUUUGAGGAGUGGGAGCCAUACGCGUCUCCGCUCCCUAGAAUGGAGGGUCCGGUUGGAACUGUGUCGGCGCUGUACACGAACCGCCAGAAGCUCAGCAGCAUCAAGUUCCAACACCUUCAGGAGCUCAAACAUGUUUUACCCCAAGACUACCACAGCUUCUAUGACACUCUUGACCAUGAGUGAUGAGUUUACCAUCAAGGAAUAGUAGCGAAAGUGUUGUUAUUAGGGACAGGCAUGAUUAUCAGUGAAUUGAUGUUUUAUUUUAUGUGUCUGUUUGUGUGUCUGAAAGCAAAGUUUGCAAAAUGAUGUGUUUUACCUGGCUGCAACAAGCAGGGGCUUUGUUCUAUACUAGAUCAGUAAAUAUUGUAAAAAUGGUGCCUUUUCCCCAAAAGACUUUGUUCAGGCCCCUGAUUGACUCAAAUGGGCUGCACAAUUUGGAAUCACAGCGCCACCUGCUUUGUUGGCAUGUAUGUAAAGAACUAUUAGGGCCAUGCUGGGAAAAAAAUUGUUUAGUAAAAUUCAGAGGGAAAAGUAGUCAUACGGCGGCUGAAAUAAGUAUUUAACACGUCACCAUUUUUCUGGAAGGUCUUACUACAGCUAAUUGGUGUAAUUUUUGCUUAUCUGGAGGGUAAAAUGUAAAAAAAAAAUUUUGCAAUUUUGGAAUCAGCACGCCAAUUUUAGUUUUAAUCAACAUAAAAAUCUAACUCAACAGAAUGUUUUUUUCAAAUUCUUCCCCAAUGUAAUCAAACAGCAAUCUAGCCCCUUGUCAGUGCAAAUGAAUAUCAGCUGGUUCAGUCCUAAUUGAUGGGCAACAAAAAGGUCUCAUUGCAAAGGUGUGAGUCAAGACAUAUCUCAUGAUGGGUUAAGAUCAGGGAGCUGUCUCAAGACCACCGCAAAUUAAUUGUUGCAAAACAUAACGAUGGUAUUGGUUACAGGCGCAUAUCUAAGCUUCUGAAUGUUCCAGUGAGCACGGUUGGGAUCAUAAUACGUAAGUGGAAAGCCAAUCAUAUACCACCAUAAAUGUGCCGCGAUCAGGUGCUCCUCGCAAGAUUUCUGACAGAGGAGUGCAAAGAAUAAUCAGAAGAGUUGUCCAAGAGCCAAGGACCAGCUGUGGAAAACUUCAAAAAGACCUGGAAUUAGCAGGUACUGUUCUCGCAAGUAUAACAGUGAGCAAUGUACUCCGCUCCCAUGGCCUGCAUGCACGCUCACCACGCAUGACCCCAUUGCUGAAAAUAAAGCAUGUCAAAGCUCAUUUAAAGUUUGCUGAACAACAUUUGGACAAGCCAGUGAAAUACUGGGAGAAUAUAGUCUGCUCAGAUGAGAGCAAAAUUGAACUGUUUGGAUGCCAUAAUGCACACCAUGUUUGGAGGUAAAAUGGCACUGCACAUCACCCUAAAAACACCAUACCACCAGUAAAGUUCGGAGGUGGGAACAUGACUGUGUGGGGCUGCUUUUCAGCAAAUGGUACUGGGAAACAACAUUAUUGAAAGAAGGAUGAAUGGGCAAAUGUACCGAGACAUUCUUGACAGAAUCUGCUGCCAUCUACGAGGAUGAUGAAAAUUAAACCAGGGUGGACAUUUCAGCAGGAUAAUGAUCCAAAACAUACUGCCAAGGGAACUCAAUUGGUUUCAAACAAAUAUAAAGCUGCUAGAAUGGCCCAGCCAAUCACCUGACUUGAAUCUAAUCGAAAAGCGAUGGAAAGAAGUGAAACUCAAGAUCCAUAAAAGAAGCCCAUGGAACCUUCGAAAUUUGAAGACUGCUAAUGUGGAGGAAUGGGCCAAAAUGGAACAAGCGCAAUGCAUGCGACUAGUUUCUCCAUACAGGAGGCGUCUUGAAACUGUCAUUGCAAACUAAGGCUUUUGUACAAAGUAUUAAAUACCAGUUUCCGUGUUCAAUACCUUUCCCUGUGUCAUUUCACAUUAUUACACAAUUUAAUUUUUGAGAUUGUUCUACUUGCUUUGUAUGUAUGGGUUACGUAGGUUGUUCCCAACAUCUGGGAAAAUUUUCAAUAGCAACUUUGGCAAUAUAUUUAGUGAGAAAAACAGUGACGUGUUAAAUACUUAUUUCAGCUGCUGUAUUCUGUGAAAAUAAAGUUGUAUUUUUCAUUUGA